AUGCCCGCCCCGCCAUGGCCCGCCGUCGCGUCGUCCGACCUCCUCGUCCUGCUCGCGCUCGUGCUCAUCACGCUCCUCGCCCUCAAGCUCCUCCCGCUGCGCGACAUCCACGGCCUCCUCUCGCCCUCCCCGCCGACUGACCCGUUCUCCGUCCAGCAUGCGCUCGCCUCCUACGCCUCGUACCGCGCCCUCUCGCUGGCCGAGCUCGACCGCAUGCGGCGCAGCUACGCGACGCUCCUCACGAGGGAGCAGAAACGCCUCGCGUACGAGCUGGGCUACACGAAGAAGCUCAACCGCUACGCCGAGCUCAUCGACGCCAACGCCCGCUUCACCUCCGCCGUGUGCGCCUUCGCGCGCUCGCACUACUCCAUUCCUCCCUCUCCCUCUCCCUCCACACCAGACCUCGCGCGCGUGCGCGACGCCCUCCGCCACCUCGUGCGCGACUGGUCCGCCGAGUGCGCCGCCGAGCGCGCAAAGGCCCACGCGCCCAUCCUCGCCGUCCUCUCCUCCCUCCCGUCCCCCUCCAACCAAACCGUCCUCGUCCCGGGCUCCGGGCUGAACAGGCUCGCGCACGAGAUCGCGCGGCUGGGGUUCGCCGUGACCGCGUGCGAGGUCUCCGCGUACCAGAACCUCCUCUACCGCGUCCUCGCACGCACGCAACAGCCCGAGCAGCACACCCUCCACCCGUACGCGCACUGGUGGUCCCACGCGCGCUCGGCCGCCGACCUCUUCCGCGCCAUCCGCGUCCCCGACGUCCCCCCCUUCGCCCUCCCCUCCAUCGCCCUCCUCGAACACGACUUCCACGCCCCCUCCGCCCGCCUCCCGCCCGCCAGCUACGAUGCAGUCGUCACCCUCUUCUUCCUCGACACCUCCCUCAACCUCCUCGCCACCCUCGCGCGCAUCCGCGAAUUGCUCAAGCGCGGCGGGACGUGGCUCAACCUCGGCCCGCUGCUCUGGACGCCCGGCCAGCAGGCGGCGCUGGAGGGCGCGCUGGACGAGGUCGUCGCCGCCGCGGAGGCGUGCGGGUUCGUUUUUGACGCGCAGGAGCGCGGGGCGAAGACGCGCGCGGUCGAGUGCGAGUACACCGCGGACCCGCGCGCGAUGAUGCGCUGGGUGUACCGCGCCGAGUUCUGGGCCGCGCGCAAGGUGUGA